AUGCCGUUUUCGAUCGUACAAACGCGAAAAAAUAAACGCGCCAGGCCAACGAUGACCAUCGUACCGAAUACCUGGGUCAAGCACAAUUCGGUUUAUUGGCCCAUGUCCAAUUUGUUGACUUUAUCCGCUGACGAAAAUUCCGAACCAGAUAUGGCGUCGUGGUCUCUCCAGAAGUGCAAAGUAGUUGGCCGGGGUUCAACGUAUGCGGAUGCCGAAAACGUCAUGAGAAUACUGGAAGCGGUAACGGAUUCCGAGGAUACAGUGGAGAUCAGUCGUGGGACUCGUGCGACUCCCGGGACAAAAAAACCAAAAUUCAACUCCAAAGUUUACCAGCUAGCUCCUGCUAAGCAUCAAUUGCAGACACAUGUCGAGACAACCUUCAGCAGCAGUAGUAGUGGACAAAAUUUCUCAAGCGUGAACUCCAUGAAAUCCCUGUCGAAAAGUCCAGCACAUAUCAAGUCGCAGCCUGAAACAUCCAACAACAGCACUAAUAUUCGGCCACUUCCGUCAGCUGCAGGGAACGUACCGAUUUCUACGAUUUCCGGUCCUUCUCAACAGAAUUUUGCCGGUGAAGCCACUUUAAAUCAGAUGAUGAUUCGACCAUUGAUUGUUCAGUCUGGGGAUGGAAAGCAGUACCUCCAGCUACAGAAUGGCACAUAUCGGCUGCUUAGCGAAUUCGACGAAGAAAUUGAAAACCUCAAUACCAACGGUGAGCAAGAGAAUCUUGGCUUCGUCCAGCAGGUGAAUCCAGCUCCUGUCAGUGCUGCGAAUGCCAAAAACUUUCCGACCAUUACAGAAGAAUCAAAUGAUAGUUAUCUGAACGGAAACAUCGAGAGCUAUCCCGUCGUUUACGAUGAUGAAACUCCAUCGGAUGAAAUGGGUGAUAUACAAUCGGAUGAAAUGGCUGAAAGAUUGGAUAGAAUUGAAAAGAACCUAAACAAAAUUCUUUUCUUCAUGGCUGACAUUGAAAAGUAUUUCAAAAUGAAGCAGCAAGAAUCGAAGACUCAUGAGGAAAAGCAGCCAAAACAAAAGCGAAGUACUGAAGAUUUCUCCGAAUUCAAAGCGAUUCUUCCAAUUAAAACGGUUCAAGAUCUGAUGUCCAUUGAAUCUAAGCUGGAAAUCCAAUCUUUUUCCGAAAAAUUGUACCAGUAUUUCGAAGUAAUGUACAAUCUUAAUGGGAAACGCGAAGGACAUUCAUUCUUUCGCAAUCUGAUCAGGAAAAUGAUCGACAUAUCGGUAUUGAUGCCCUUUUCGUGGUUAGGUAACACACGGUCCAAAAAUGGUGAACCCCCUGUGGAACAAAACCGGAAUUUCAAACGGACGUUUCCACGAUUGAUUAACUUCAUCGGAAGUGUACUACGCGCCGCUGACUUUGAAUAUACAAUCGAAGACACCGAGAAAGCAUUCAGUGAUUUCCUUCGUCAUAAGAAUACCGAAAUGAAACGCCAUAUCAAUCAGGGUGGACAGCGGCGAGUAUCACAUACCCGCAAAAAGCGACGACUGACUGAUAUUCCUUCCGAUAUGGCCGACCGUGAUGAUUAUAACGAUGCAGGAUUGGACAGCAUCUCCGAGAACUAUGAAGAAGUUUAG